CAGCAAAAGGUUUAACCAAGAAUAUUUUGAUGUUUACAGGUCCCGCUCACGUUCACCCAAACGACAAAGAAGUGGAAGCAGAAGCCCAUCACCAAGGAGACGUUCACGAUCAAAUGAGGACAAAAAGUCAAGGUCUCGCUCUAAGUCUCAUAGUAAAAGUCGUUCCCGCAGUCGAAGCCAAAGCAAAGAGAGAGCCGAGAAAGGAAGAAGAAGUACAAGCCCAGACAAGAAGCAAGAGAAGGAAAAGGAAGAAGAUACAUGUAAAGAUGCGGAAGAAAUUAAAAAAGAGGAGGAAACGGAGAAGCCAGCUGCCAAUGAUCCAGAAACAAAGUCCCGCAGUGUCUCUCCAGCACCCAAUGAUGAUGAUGAUAAUCAUAGUAACGAAGACAAUGCUGAAUGACUGUAAUAUUAUUCAGACUUGUCCAAAUAUGAUAGCCUUUGUAGAGUAUGUUGUAUACUUUUUAGUAAGAAAUCCAUGUAAACCCUUCCAUAUAUUCACUUGUAAGAAUUCCAUUGUUAAUAUGUUCUUCAAAUUCAGCAUGCAUUAUCUGGGUGAGUUGACGUGUCACUGCAUUGCCAUUAGAAAAUUAACAAGAAGGUGUCAAAGAGAAAAGAGGCACUGCAUUUUAUAUUGACUAAUUUUUCGUGAAGUACAAAGCUGCAUUUACAUGUAAAUCAAGGGAAACUCAAAAUGAAACUUUACUAACUUAAAAAUCCCUAAAGAGGUAACAAUUGAAACAAAAAGUUACAAGGGUUGUUAAU